GAACAAAGGCCAUUUGUUGGGCCGAAAAUGUAGGUCUCCAUCACCGUGUUCUUCCUUAGAAGCAGAUCUGGAAGCACCGCCAAUGGAGUUCUAUUUCCUUUUUUUUAAUUUUAGUUUGUUCAAUACUAUAAUUGAAUUUACCGUUUUUUUUUUUUUUUUGAAUUUUAACUCAAUUUUUAUUUAAUUUGAAUUUAAAAAAAUGAGGUCAGUGACUUAGCAUCUAUGUGGCAGCCACAUUUUUGCCACGUCAACAAAAGUCAAUUUCGCAUUGACCACCGUUUGGUGAACCGUUAUCUUUAAUAGUCAACGAAAUUGACCGGAUACAAAUGACACAAAGUAUCAUAGUUCAGGAUACAGAUGGAAUAUUGAAAACAAUAGGACACAAAUGGCAUUUUCGCGAUAGUUCAGGUAUUGUAGUGGUAUUAGCCCAACAAAUAACGACAUCGUACAUUUUUCUAAUCUAACUAAUGGACAAUUAAAAUUCAAUUCGCCUCAAAACAACCUUCCUCCCCAAAAAAUAAAAAAGCUUCCUCAAUGGAUACCUUCGUUUCUGCACAAUGUACAAUGGAUACCUUCCCCAGCUCCCAAAAGAGACACUUGCUAUAAGACCUUUAAAGAGACUUUGCAGAAGGGAUUUUGACAUAUACACAGACGUGAAGAAAAUUUUCGGGAUGCCUCAAGUGGUUUGCUACCCAAGAAAUUGGUGUUUCCAAUUUUGGUUCAAUCCCUUGAAUCCGGAGGAGCUUAAUUUCAGGGUCGUCGUCCGCUGUGCUCACAGUUUCCAAUGGCAGACUUAAAUUUCCUUCCCCUUCUUCUGUCAUUCGAUUGUUCUUGGUUUCUUCUUCUGACCCAAAGCUUUGUUCAUCAUUUUCACCUUCACUAGGUUUCCUCUUCUUGCCAAACAAUUCUGGGAGAAGGGUUUUAAUAGCAUCAUGCAAUGUGAAGCAUUUACCUGCAGUGUCAGAGAGAUUUUAACAAUCAGUAAGCAGGUUGCAUCAAGCAGAGAAACCCGCACACAAACAAAGAGUAAAAGAGACGCAUUACAAGCAUUUAAAGCACGAACGCAUGCCAUUAACUUUGCAUUAUGAUAAAAUUUUGUGGCGAGACUUAAUCUUCCCUUCUUCAGUCAAAUGAAGUAUCAGGAUUGGAAGGCUGGGAAGCAUAAUUAACCAUGAACAUCCCUUCCAUUAAAAUCUCUAGGUGGGUUAACUUUGUGAAGCAGGACUGCUUAACAGCCCGCAUGUCAUGUGUGAAAUAUAAGUAGAUAUAUUGCUCAUUGCAACAUGAAAUAGAUAGGACAAUCAAAACCAUAAGUGUUACUUGCCUUCUUCUCUGUGGAUCUCAAGUGGCCGAUUAACAUAAGAAAUCCUGUCCCAACUAUCAAUUGGAGGUGCAUCUUCCAUGUCUCCAAAGUCCGCACUCACAUUCCAGACAUAUAAACGAACUGGAACUUUACCUAAUACCAUCCAUGAAAUUGAUAAUCAAAUGGGUGACGUCAAGCAUUAAGGAAAAAGAUAUCAUGAGACAAUAUGUAUCCUUUAACUGACAUGGAGCAACAGAUGAGAUGCUUACAACAAUCUUGACUACACGCUACUGAAGAAACAGAUACUUAUGAAGUAUGAAUAACCAACAUCCACAUGGAUAAGGCAUGGAGAAGGCAAAUAUCACAUCUGCUAUAUAGUGUAUCACAUCUAAAUUACCAUUUGUGUAUCACAUGAGUAAUUUAGAUGUCAGAAGAGCACCAAGUCAAAUGAGAUUGAAGUUCACUUGUAACUAAUAUUAACACGUAAAAUGCUGUGAAGAAAGUUAAAACCCAAAACCAAAAUGGUGUCUACUAUAUACAGGCAAUGAAGGAAGAAAACUAAAUAUACAACCAAACCAGCUAACCUGUCUUUGUCUGCACGCUUGUAUCUGCCUCACCAAUCAUCUUUUGCGAUUUUUGUGAGGACGAACUUGACUUGGAUGCAUAGUCAUCCUCAAUCGUUCCAGAUUUUAGUUUGGAGGAUGACCGAAUGAAUGCCUCCAGAUUAG